ACAGAAUCAAAUUGUAUGAAUGAACAAUGGUGUUCUGUAAACGGAGAAUUGAGAAUCACCGAAAUGCAUGGUGGGUACCGACCGGCUACGGGGAUCAACCAAUCAAAGCAGUUCAGUGCACUAUGCAGUGCCUAUCGGAGGAAAUCAAAAGCUAUGAUUGCUGUGAUCAGUACGAUCGAAAGGAAAGGGAGAAGAAAUGGCAGAGAAACACGUACCUUCAAAAAAUUACACAGGUGGACCUCACGGAGUAAUCCUGAUGACUUGUCUUUGAGAAAACUAGAAUUACAAGUUCUUAUACCCAAAAGAGUACGUGAACGAUCGAGGAAGGAAAAGUGCGUCAAAGAAGUUGAAGCUUUCAGCAAAUGCUGUUCUAGUACUGGUUUCUUAAUGGUAACGAAGUGCCGGAACGAAAAUAGUGAAAUGAAAGAAUGUUUGACAAAAUGGUUCAAUAAUCCAGAGUUUGUCGAAGAAUGUAAACAAGAGUAUCUGGCUGAAAGAAGUGAAUACAGAAGAACAGGUAUUGGCAAAGGUUCCAGAGCACCAGUGGGUACCAACAGAAUAGGGUCUAAUAUGUAAAUAAUUGUAUUGUUAUCAGUAUAAUUUGCCGACAGAAUUUGUAAUUACUUUGUAACUUUGAACAAAACAUCUUUCAUAUUCUCAAAUCGCGUUGUUUAUGUAUAUAUAAAAACAAGAAAACUACGAAGUGAUCUCAAGUCAACUAUGGACUAUGCGUGGCUCGUUAGGAAUAAUUAGCAAUAAAUCGUGAAAUUUAAAGAUUGUA